ACAAUAAAUACCAAAUAACAUAUGGCGCAGACUUAACGAAAAUAUUUUCCUUUUUAAAAUUAAGAUUAAUUCUCGUGUAUUUUUUGUUUCGGUUUAACAGUUUGAUGGCACAGUACAUACAAGUUUGUGACGAAGAAGGGGAAGAACCGAUAGAAAUUCCUAGUGAGGAUGAAGGUUCGCUGUUGCUCAGUACGCUUGCAGCUCAAUUUCCGGGGGCAUGUGGAAUGAAAUAUAGAAACCCAAGCACUGGCAAUUUCCGAGGAAUUAGAUUGUCAGACGGCAUGUUGCACCCGCCUGAUGGUGUUUGGGGAAAUUUUGUUUAUAUAGUAGUUUUCCCAAAAGACAAUAUAAAACGCAAAGGAGAAGAGGCAGUGCCGGAAAAUCCAUUAGCUAAAAACAAAUGUGUUGAUAAACAAAGAUGCAGUGACCUCAUCGUUCUUGGUUUGCCAUGGAAAAGUAAUGAGGAUGAUCUGCGCCGAUACUUCUCAACCUAUGGUGAAUUACUUCUCGUACAAGUGAAGAGAGAUCCAAAGACGGGAGCAUCAAAAGGAUUUGGUUUUAUUCGGUUUUUAGAGUACGAUUCACAAGUAAAGGUUCUAGCUCAAAGACACAUGAUUGAUGGCAGGUGGUGUGAUGUAGCUAUUCCAAAUUCAAAUGAGGGUGCAGCAGAGAUGGUGAGCAGGAAGGUUUUUGUAGCGAGGUGCACCGAAGACAUCACAGCAGAUGAUCUCAAAAGUUACUUCAGCAAAUAUGGGGAGGUGUCGGAUGUAUUUAUUCCCAAGCCUUUUCGAGCAUUUGCCUUUGUCACCUUUGCAGAUCACAGAAUUGCCCGUUCCCUUUGUGGGGAAGAUCACAUCAUAAAGGGUGCGAGUGUGCAUGUCACCACUGCGGCGCCCAAGAAUUCUGAUAGAAAUGAUAACAGAGGAAGGUUUGACCAUGGAGGAGGUGGGAGGGGAGGGGGACAUGGGGGGUGGACCCAGCAAGGUAAACCAAUUGCCACUGUGGGCACCGUUCCACCAGUCCCAGAUCCUAACAUGGCCAAUAGUAUUGGCAUGAAUUUGUUGAAUUCAGCUGUUUUAGCGGCAGCACAAGCCAUGUUACAAAGUCAAGGUCAACUCCCCGCACCUCAGCCUCAGACUGUUGGUCAAGGUCAUGGGGACCCAUUUGGUGUUCAGACAACCACAGCGAGGCAAUCGCAGCAAACAGGUUUUUUUAGUAAUCAAAAUUCUGCAGGGUGGGGGACGACGGACACAAAUACUUCUGCGGGGGCAUACCCAAACUGGGGAGGUAACAACCAUCAGAGUGGGUGGAGUUAGUGUGCAGAGGGAGUGGCGUGUGGAUCAGAGAGUGCUGUUUUUACUAUGCAGAGUGCUUAGAAAAUUUGUGUUUAUUAGUGGACUGAGAUCGAAGAACAGUUUUAGAAAUUUAUCCUUAUACCAAACUUAAUUUUAAGAAUUUUCUGUAAUAUUGCACCAAAGGUAUGCUAGCUUUCUUUUUCUUUUGUUAGUCAUUUCCUUCAUAACAAUAUUUUUAGAUGACAAAUUUUUUUUCUUCAAAUUUCGUUAUACUUGAUAGGUUGUUUCAGGGAGAUAACUUGUUGCUAUUUAAUUCAGAGCAAGAAAAUGUUUGGGAGAGCCUUUUUAUAUUAAAAUUAUGAUAGAGUGGAUGGCUUUAAGCCGCACAAUAGAUUUUAACUUGUACAUAUAUGUAUUAAUCAAUACAUAAAAUGUGUUGUAAAGCAAAUUCAUGUAUUGUUUGGUUUUUCAAAACAAGUAUUAGUGACUAGUUAAUCCUAUUAUCGUAUGUACAGUUUCCCAAAAUUUCCACUCGUAGUUGUAAUAUAAUAUAUAUAUAUAUAUCAGUAUAUUGCUAUUGUGAAUGUAGUCGAGCAAGACCUUUUCAAAAGCUUUGUUUCAUUAAUUUUUCACCAUCCAUUUUUGUCCAAAUAAGUCUUAAAGUAAGAGUUGGAGAGUUAUCUCUGCCCCGCAUCAGUUUUACCAGUAUGUUUAUUCGUUUGUAACUAAACUGAGAAUUUUACUGCACAUUGUAAGAGCAAGACAAGAGUAGGAGAUGGACUGAAUUUGUGAACUUAAUGAGACUAAAUCAUGUUUUGAGUGGACUGGAAAAGACUGAAUCAUGAAUGAUAUGGAUUUAAUCAUGAAUGAUCUGGAAUGGAAUAAUGAGUGAUCUAGAAUAGACUGAAUUUUGAGUGAUCUGGAACAGUCUGAAUCUUGAGUGAUCUGGAACAGUCUGAAUCUUGAGUGAUCUGGAACAGUCUGAAUCUUGAGUGAUCUGGAGCAGUCUGAAUCUUGAGUGAUCUGGAACAGUCUGAAUCUUGAGUGAUCUGGAGUAGAAUGGAUUCAGUGGAGUGUGGAUGAACUGGCAUGGACUCGGAUGUUGUGUGAUUUUGUUCUCAUGUUGUACAGCGUUGAAAGAAUUAAAAAGAGUGUGUAUACAUGG